CAUUCAGAGCCUCUUUCUGCGUCUGUUGAUCCCAGAACAGCUCAUGCCAGCACCUCCCUCGAUCUUCAUCUUCAUCAUCAUCAUCAUGUCUGGGAAGUCAGAUGGCGCGCAGAAGAAGUGGGCAGCUGUGCGAGGUCGACUGGGCUCGUCUCAGGACUCGGACGGCUCGCAGGAGGCCAACCUGGAGAACGCAGACGCCGAGCUGUGCAUCCGUCUGCUGCAGGUGCCCACUGUGGUCAACUACUCGGGCCUGAAGAAGCGUCUGGAGAAGAGCGACCAGGCCUGGAUGGUGCAGUUCCUGGAGCUCUCGGGCCUCGACCUGCUGCUGGAGGCCCUGGACCGUCUGUCGGGACGCGGCUGCUCUCGAAUCGCAGACACUCUGCUGCAGCUGACGUGUGUGAACUGUGUGAGAGCCGUGAUGAACUCGUCUGCCGGGAUUCACUUCAUCGUGGAUAAUGAGGGAUAUGUGCGCAAGCUGUCACAGGCUUUGGACACAUCUAACACCAUGGUGAAGAAGCAGGUGUUUGAGCUGCUGGCGGCCCUCAGCAUGUUCUCUUCUGAGGGUCACAGACUCGCUUUAGACUCUCUGGACCAUUACAAGUCUGUGAAGACGCAGCAGUAUCGAUUCAGUGUGAUUAUGAAUGAACUCCAAUCCACUGAUAAUGUGCCUUACAUGGUGACACUUCUGAGUGUCAUAAACGCCCUGAUCUUCAGCGCCGACGACCUGCGCCAGAGAGACAAGAUGCGCAAGGAGUUCAUUGGAUUACAGCUGCUUCACCUGCUGCCGAAGUUAAGAGAAGAAGAUGAUGAAGACUUGAUCAUCCAGUGUGAGGCGUUUGAAGAGGCUAUGGCUGAGGAUGAGGACGAGCUCCUGAGGCUUUAUGGAGGAAUUGACAUGAGCAACCAUCAGCAAGUCUUCACAUCUCUGUUUAACAAGGUGAGCAUCUUCCCGUCGUCUCUGCGGCUGUUGUCCGUCUUACAGGCGCUGCUGCUGCUGGGUCCCGAGCGAGCGGAUAUCUGGCAGGCGCUGGAUGCGCUCGCUAACCGAGCCGUAUUGAUCGCUCAGAGCUCUGAGAUGGACUCGUGUGAGAAGAUCCUGCAGCGUCUCGUCUUCACUAAGGAAUCGUCCGAAGGCUCUUAUGAGGUCGACGGUUACGAAUCCAAAAGAAAGAAUCAAGCCGUACAGACGGAGACCAAAGACGAUAAACUGGAGUGUUCCUGCAAACCAGCCAAAAACCAGGAACCUCCGCGCAACUCCACAAAGACUGGACCUGCUUCUCCUCCUCCUCCUCCUCUGCCCAGCAUGGCUUCUCCUCCCAUCUCAGCAGUGCCUCUCAAAACAGGAGCUGGACCUCCUCCUCCACCUCCUCCUCUUCCAGGAAUGGGUGCUCUUCCUCCUCCUCCUCCUCCUCCUCCUCUGCCAGGAAUGGAAGUUCUUCCUCCUCCUCCUCUGCCAGGAAUGGGAGUUCUUCCUCCUCCUCCUCCUCCUCCUCCUCCUCCAGGAGCAGGUGAUGUGAUCGUGGCUCGGACGUAUUACCCGGUUAUCCAGUGUUACUCGGCGCCGGUGAGGAGCGGCCCGCAUCCCACGCUCCGGAUGAAGAAACUCAACUGGCAGAAGCUGAACUCCAGAGCUGUCACCAAUGGUCCUUCAAUGUGGGCGUCUGUCACGAGCGAGUCUCCUCUGGAGCCCAAUUACAGCAGCAUCGAGCAGCUCUUCUGUCUGCCGCCGGCCGAAGCCAAAGACAAGAGCCCCGCCGCGCCGCUCAAGAAAGAGCCCAAGGAGAUUUCCUUCAUUGACCCCAAGAAGAAUUUGAACCUAAAUAUCUUUCUGAAGCGGUUUAAGUGCUCAAAUGAAGAGUUUGUGUCAAUGGUGCAGAAAGGAGAUUGUUCGAAAUUCGACGUCGAGUCCCUGAAACAGCUUCUGAAACUGCUUCCAGAAAAACAAGAGAUUGACAACUUAAAAUCCUUUCAAGGAGAUCCGGACAAACUGGCCAACGUGGACCACUUUUACCUCUCACUGCUGGCUGUACCCUGUUACCAGCUGAGGAUUGAAUGCAUGCUGCUGUGUGAGGAGACGCUGUGUGUGCUGGAGAUCCUGAAGCCCAAGGUGGAGCUGGUGGAGACGGCUUGUGAGAAUCUCAGGAAAGGUUCACUGCUGCCCAGUUUCUGCAAACUCAUUCUCGACGUUGGAAACUUUCUCAACUAU